GCAAAUUUGUAUGCAUUACUCAUACAAGAAGGAUGUAUUUAUUAUACAGGUGCGCGGUCAUCAACCCCUGUAACCAAAACAUUGAUCCAUUUUUGCAAUGAUUCCUGAAACUGAAAUAACGCAAAAUAAACGAGAAAAAUGGACAGCACAAUAGAAUUAAGAAGUGAUUGAAAUGUUCAGGGGGUGCACAUAAAUAAUAGAAAUAUGCAGAGAAAAGAAGAAAUUUUUGAACAAAAGCGAUUGGAACUGGAAUCAUGCCUUCAACGAAUGGAAGCUCGACUUGCAACCAUGGUACCAAUAGGGCACACAGCGGACGUUUUGGAAGCACAAUUGAGAGAGCAGAAAGCAUUACACGCCGAACUUCAUCAGUUUAAAGGACAAGUCGAGGCCUUCCAGCAAUUAAUGCAACGAAUCAUUACUAGCCGUCAAAAUGAAGAUACUGGUCGUUUUAAAAAAGUAGUCGAAUAUGUAAAUCAACAUUAUUCUCGUAUAGAUGCCUGUGUUAUAAAUAGAGGAAAAAUGCUUCACUCUGCUUUAAGCUCGUUACAGAACUUGGAUCGGUCGCUGGACAAUUUCUUGGGGUGGCUUAGCGAAGCGGAGUCCGUCUUAGAAAGUUUAGAAUCUGAACCCGAAACGCGUCGGGGUGCUCAACAACUUAAGGAGUUGCAAAAUGAUAUUGAAUGUCAGUCGAACACGCACGCGGCAUUGCAUUCGUCCAGUAUGGCAUUGCUUGGAUCUCUUACUCCAGAAGAUGCGUUAAUGUUGCAAUUGCGUGGCGAUGAAAUGGAACGAAGGUGGCAGGCUUUGAAUGCGCGUACUUUAGAUUUGCGUAAUCGUUUGGAGCAUAACGCAGAUUACUGGAACACGUUAUUGUUAUCUUUGCGAGAACUGACCGAGUGGGUAAUUCGUAAGGACACGGAGCUCGGACUGGCCUCGUGUCAGGACGAUCACAGAGCAUUUCGGCAACAGCUCGAAGACAAACGGCCACUCGUUGAGUCUAGCCUGCGAAACGCCAGGCAGUAUGUGUCCGGCGAAACAUCGGGCGAAUUGGCGCGUAACUUAAGAAGAGAACUGAUAAAAUUGUCAGACAAAUGGAAUGCUCUUAUCGAUAGGUCUGAUCAGUUGUCUGCACGUUUUGAGCAAAGUGCGGCCAAAAUGAAACAGCUGGAGGCGAAUCUCAAGGAAUCUGCUACUGCUGUGGCGAGUCUAGAAAGAAUGACACUAACGUGGAGCACCCCGAGAAGCGCCGCGGAAGCCAGAGACUUGUUGUCAAAUUUGAGAGUAUUGGAACAAAAGUUACCACCACUACAACGUGCCCUGGAAGAAGCUAGGCUACACGCCGCCAUGCUUGGUUCACUUCUGCCUACUUCUCAGGCGGCUCAACUCGAAGAUUGUACUGCCAGGUGUAGAGCGCUUCAAGCGGCGAUACGCGAGAGGCGUGAGCAACUGCAAAGUAGUAGUCAAGGGGAAUUAUCACCAGGCCCAUCAAGUGUCCAACCGCCAUGGGAGCGAGCAACGACGCCUAACAAAGUGCCAUAUUACAUAAAUCACAGCUUGGAAACAACACACUGGGAUCACCCGCACAUGUUGGAAUUGGCCGUGUGCCUAUUGCAACUGAACGAAGUACGUUUCUCCGCUUAUCGAACCGCGUUGAAACUGCGCGCCAUACAAAAGAAGCUGUGCUUAGAUCUAGUUAAUUUAUCGGCAGUUUCGGAGGCCUUCGAUAUCCACGGCUUACGAGGGCAGAACGAUAAAUUGCUGGACGUUGCCGAUAUGGUGCUCGUGCUUAGGGCCAUAUACAGUGGUGCUCUUGCGCAGAAUCCGAGUUUAAUCGACCUACCGUUAUGUGUCGACUUAGCGCUUAAUUGGUUACUUAACGUUUAUGAUAGUCAACGAACUGGCCAGAUACGUGUACUUAGUUUUAAGGUAGGAUUGACGAUAUUAACAAGAGGCCAUUUAGAAGAUAAGUAUCGUUAUGCUUUUCGUUUGAUUGCCGAUCCGCAACAGCGAGCUGAUCAAAGGAAGUUAGGACUGCUACUGCAUGAUAUUUUACAAGUACCAAGGCAGCUAGGAGAAGUGGCAGCUUUUGGUGGUUCAAAUAUCGAGCCCAGUGUGAGAAGUUGUUUGGGAGAUCGCGAUGAUCUAGAGGCGACUCACUUUCUUGCGUGGUUAAAACAAGAACCGCAAUCGCUUGUUUGGUUGCCAGUAUUACACCGUCUUGCAGCCGCCGAGUCCGCGAAACACCAAGCUAAAUGCAAUUCGUGUAAGCAGUACCCUAUCAUAGGCCUUCGAUAUCGUUGCUUAAAAUGCUUCAACUUCGAUAUGUGUCAAGUUUGCUUCUUCGCUGGCCGCCUCACAAAAGGUCACAAACUCUCCCACCCUAUGCACGAGUAUUGCGCUGCCACUACCUCUGUUGAAGAUGUUCGCGAUUUCACCAAAGCCUUGCGAAAUAAAUUUAAAAGUAAACGAUAUUUUUUAAAACAUCCGAGAAUGGGUUACCUUCCUGUUCGGUCCGUUCUAGAGGGCGAUGAAUUGGAAAGUCCCAUUGCUUCUCCUCAGCAUAGCGAUAUGCACUCUCGUUUGGAAAUUUAUGCAAACCGACUCGCUGAAGUGGAAUUACGAGCUGCCUCUCCGGAAGAUGAACAUCAGUUAAUAGCGGAUUACUGUCAGUCAUUGGAAGGGGCACCUGCCAGUCCAGGUCAGCUUAUGUUGGUAAUCGACGAAGAACAACGUGCCGAAUUACAAGAUAUGAUAUGCGAGUUGGAAGCAGAAAAUACUGCUCUACGACAGGAAUAUGAGCAGCUGCAACGAGGUAGCGUUCCUCACCCUCCGCCUGCACAGCAUGACGUCCUGGCAGAAGCUCGACUGUUGCGGCAACACAAAGGUCGUCUGGAAGCUCGCAUGCAAAUAUUAGAAGAUCACAACAGGCAGCUAGAAGCGCAGCUUCAACGACUAAGGCAACUUUUGGACGAGCCGCCUACAGCUACACUGCAAACGCGUUCAGUUACUGCGUCACAGUUAAAUCAAGACACCCCUGGGCGAGUCUCCCAACCUCCUCCACCCACUGAUCAUCGCUAAAGAUUGGUCUAGCUUAAUGUACCUAAAGUAUUAUUUGUACAUUUCGGCGUAAUUGCGAUAGUUCUGCGACUAACUCUUCCCUAACGUAUCAGCUUCAUUGUACCAAUUAUGCCUUGCAAUGUGCAUAUAGUACUAGAAAUCAUAUCAUUGUAACGAGUAAGUAUUAUUGAUUUGUAUCUACCUAUUGUUAAAUUUUGCUGGUUGUACAUUUUGUGAAAAUGGAAAAAAUAUUUAUUUCUUUAAAUUCACAAUGGUAAGGUUGUUGAAAAUGACAAUCGAAAGAGACAAAAAACAUAUACAAACUUGAAAUCUUUUCCAAAAAAACAAUAUGUUUUAGUUUAGCUUCCAGACCAAAACACAUAUCUUGUCAAAAAGUGUGUAACAUAUCAGAAUGUGGCAACCUGUCAAAUGUGUUUUACUUAUCACCGAAAUCCAUUGUGAAUUUGUGCUGUUAGAAACGUAUAAUUAAUCCUUGACUGUUGAAAUGUAAUAUAAUUUUCGAUCGUGUUUAUGAUCGAAGAGUAUAAACUGAUGUGGAACCACAAUCAUUUAUCUUGUAGUAUUGUUGUACCUUUUUAAUAUUUAUAAGUACUUUUACCAGUAGUGAAACUGAUCUGCCGUAUACAAACAAAGAAUUUAUGCUCUCCUUUUCAGUUCACAUUAAAUUGCUGAAGUGUU